UGACUGUACAACUUGUUUUGUAACACCGCUGGUUACGCGUUCGAUAAAAGCAUUGGUCAAAUAUUUACCUGCACGGUGUUUUAGCACAAAGCCAUAUCCUCUAUAAAUUUAUAUCAGCAGCUGCUGCCGUGCAGACAGUAAACGCUACAAGCUGAGCGAACUUAACGCCGAGCUCCGUUUCCUGGUUUCGUUUCAGCCCAGCCUUAUUUGUUCAGCCAAAAUGCCCGAGGGACCAGAGCUCCACCUGGCCAGCCUGUAUGUGAACAGAAUGUGUGAAGGCGUGCUGUUCAGUGGUCCCGUCAUAAAGUCAGAGGUCAGCAAGAACCCUGAUGUGCCCUUCACCUCUGAGGCCUAUCGCAUCACAGCUGCUUCCAGAGGGAAGGAAGUGAAGCUCACGCUGACGCCCAUAAAGACAGAUGAACCAAAACGGCGAGUGAAACCGGGACAAGUGGAACAACCCAUGGACAUAGUCUUUCGCUUUGGGAUGUCAGGCUAUUUCCGCUUCACCAGCGAGGAUGAGCUGCCCAAACAUGCCCACCUGCGUUUUUAUUCCAAAGAAAAGCCCUGCAGAGUACUUAGCUUCGUGGAUCCACGCAGGUUUGGGAGCUGGGAGCCCAACGGGACCUGGCAGCCUGGCAGAGGUCCCUGCAUUAUGUUUGAGUACAAAAAAUUCAGGGAGAAUGUUGUGUCACACGUGUCUGACCGAGCCUUUGACAGACCCAUCUGUGAAGUCCUGCUCAAUCAGAAGUACUUCAACGGUAUUGGAAACUACCUGAGGGCUGAGAUCCUUUUCAGGUCUAACAUCUCUCCCUUUGUGGCUGCCAAAACUGUGCUGGAAGGUCUUGGGCCGGACGAUUCAUGUCAAAAUGAGAAUCCUGUGAAAAAUGAGUCAGACACGAAGAAGACAUCUGUAAGAACAAAAAAGAAACUGAUGAAACACCAGACGGAUGACUUGCUCAGACUUUGUCAUACAGUUCCUCUGGAAGUGGUGAACCUCGGUGGGAAAGGAUAUGAUCCAGCCAGUGGGGACUUCUCUGACUUUGAGGCAUGGCUACAGUGCUACUAUGUGGACGGGAUGAAAACACUCCGGGACCAUAAUGGGAGAACAAUAUGGUUCAGAGGGGAUCCAGGGCCCAUGGCACCAAAAGAUUCAAAGUCACCCAAGGCAAAAAAGUGGGCAAAGAAAGACGAUGACCAUGAUUACACAAACAAGAAAAAGGGGGCUAGAGAAAGGAAAACAAGGAUCAAACAGGAAGGUGGGAUGAAAACGCCAAAAAAAGAAAAGGAUGCACGUCUAGAGGAAGCUGAAUCAAAGAGAAGGAAAACGGGCGAGACGCAUGAAGUAAAUACACCCCAGCGUGAAACGAGGUCAAAUGCACGUAGGAGAAAGACCAGUAGUGUGGAAGUGACUGCAGGGUCACAGAGACGAACCAUGAGAACGACCAGGUAGGAUGGUAAAAGAAGAGGCACCCCCACAUUGGACACUUAUGUUUUUAUACUAUUAAAAAUCCUUUUUUAUAAAUAAAAAAGUUUCU